GGCGGUGGAGAUGCAUUCAGUCGCUGGUUCCCCACUCGGAAGCAACCAAAUUCACUCCACUCUACUCUACUCAACUCUUCCCCCCAACAAACACACUCACCCGAAUCGUCGCUAUGAACUCCUUCUCAGUGUUCUUAGUGUUCGCGCUGGCCGCGCUGGCUGCAGCAGAGCCACCAUCCGGAUAUAACUAUCCUCGCGGCGGAGGCGGUGGUGGCGGCGGCUUUGGAGGCGGCUUCGGCGGCGGAUUCGGAGGCGGAUUCGGAGGUGGCGGCGGUGGCGGUGGCGGCGGCGGCGGCUACCAGGCUGUGAGCGGCGGCUUCCAGACCUCCGAGGGCCAGAACGUCGAUCCCCAGCUGCUGGAGCAGGUCCGUCAGAUCCUGCUGAACGAGGAGAGCAAGCAGGGCGGCGGCGGCGGCGGUGGAGGCGGCGGCGGUGGCUAUCCUAGUGGCCCAUCCACCAGCUACGGCCCACCGUCCACCAGCUACGGAGCCCCCGGAAUCGGAGGCGGCGGCCGUGUCGUGGGCAUCGAUCUGGAAGGCGUCCGCCAGGCCAUUCAGGUGGCCCAGUUCGCCCAGCAGAGCACCCAGCAGGGCGGUGGCGGCGGAUACCCCAGUGGCCCAUCUGGAUCCUAUGGAGCCCCCUCCAGGCCCAGCGGCAGCUAUGGAGCGCCCUUCUAGAUCUUUGAACAGGUCUCACAUCCGAAAGACACACCUCUGCCAAAAAUGAAUACCGACGGACACGACACCAACACCAUACCAAUUUGGGCAACCUGGACCUAAAAAGGAACUACCGAUCCGCUCUGAUCCCGAGAGAACUGGAGAUCGUUUCCCCUUCUCAAGCCCUCUUCCCAAACUCAGCGACUGUACCCCAAAACUCUCUAAGGCCCGAUCCCCAGAAUACCCAACCCAUUCGGUACUUCGUUUGGGGCUUUUUUGUAACCCUUGUAAAUAGUUUCUCACACUACUCGAAUACAAGAAAACCCGAAAACGAAAGCCACACAACAACACCCACAACACCAAGAU